AAUGAGUUUGGACUGCUAGAAAUCAUUCCUGAAGUAGAAGCAGAAGCCAUAAAACCUCUUUCAGCAGUAAAUGCCAGCCCAACCAGCUUUGCUCCUGCUGCUCCCAACGCUGCCUCUAGCCCUGCUGUGGAAGCCCUCAGAGACGAUCUCCCCUGCUGCGUUUUCCAAACCUUUGAGCAAAUGGAUUGCUCUGAGAAUGGAAAGUUUUAUACUCAAACAGGCUCCCAGCAGCACAGGGACAGUGAUACCAGAAACAUUCCAGAUGAUUGCAGAAACAGGGGAAAUAGUAGAAAUCUUAAUACCAGCAGUGGCUGUCAGGUGAAUGAGGCUGACAGACCCGUGAAACGUCUCAGGAGGAAGAGAAGACUGCUUCUGGAGUCUGAGGAUGAUGAGGAAAAUGCAGAUGAGGAUGAGGAGAAGAAUAAAUCAAAUAAUAUGAAAAGCCGCAGAAACACUAAACCAAUAAAACAAGCUGUUCCUGGAAAGAAGAAGGGAUGGAACUGGGUUUCCUACUUAGAAGAGGAACGGAUGCCAGCUGCUCCCCUAAAACUGUUCAGAGAGUAUCAGUCAUUCCCACAAGGCCGAAAUGGAUUUAAAGUUGGAAUGAAAUUGGAAGGGCUGGAUCCUGAACACCCCUCUCGAUUCUGUGUCCUCACGGUGGCUGAGGUACAAGGAUACAGGAUGCGAUUACACUUUGAUGGUUACCCAGAGUGCUACGACUUCUGGGUUAACGCUGACUCCUCAGACAUCCAUCCUGUUGGCUGGUGUGAAAAAACGAGUCAUAAGCUGCUCCCUCCUAAAGGUUUCAAGGAGGGAGAAUUUAAUUGGACUUCCUAUUUGAAGAAUUGCAAAGCUCAGGCAGCUCCAAAAAACCUUUUUAAGACCCUCAGCACUCCUGUCACGCCCUCUGGUUUUCGCCUGGGAAUGAAACUGGAGGCAGUGGACAAGAAGAACCCGUCUCUGAUGUGUGUGGCCACCAUCACAGACAUGGUGGACAACCGCCUGCUCGUCCAUUUCGAUAACUGGGAUGAGAGUUACGACUACUGGUGCGAAGCUGGCAGCCCUUACAUUCGUCCUGUUGGCUACUGCCAAGAAACUGGAACCCCACUGACAACACCACCUGGAUACAAGGAUUCCAAAGCCUUCUCAUGGGAGAAAUACUUGGAAGAAACUAACUCCCAGGCAGCCCCAGCAAGAGCAUUCAAACUGCGCCCCGCUCACGGAUUCCAAGUGAAUAUGAAGUUAGAGGCCGUAGACAGAAGAAAUCCCAUCUUGAUAAGAGUGGCAACAAUCGUUGACAAAGACGACCAUCGCAUUAAGAUACAUUUUGAUGGCUGGGACAGUAAUUAUGAUUUCUGGGUGGAUGCAGACAGCCCUGACGUUCAUCCAGUCGGCUGGUGUGCGAAAACUGGCCAUGCUUUGCAAGUCCCUCUAGGUGCUGUUGAUCGAGUGGGACCAGUGGGACAAGCGUGUCCUACUCCCGGCUGCCACGGCAUCGGGCACGUCAGGGGACCGCGAUACGGAACACAUUAUACGUUAGUUGGCUGCCCGUACUCUGAUGUCAACCUCAACAGGGAAAACUCCUUACAGGACCGUCUGAGCGGGGAGAGACCUGCCCCCAGCAACAGCCUCCAGAAAGCCAAGAGGCCAGAGACUCCUGCCCAGUUUGUGCUGGGAACAGGAGACUCUUCUCAGGAGGACUCUCCUCAAUCCAGAAAAUCCGCACAAGACAGUGAAAAGUCGUGUCAAAGCAGCGUUCACAGCCUGUCGGAGCAGUCUGAAAACAACCAAGAGAGAGACUGGGUAGAAGAGGAUUCCUCUGCAGACAUCAAAGCCAAACCAAAAAAGCUUGGGUGCUCACACGCCUAUAUAAAGUUCCAGCUGGUGAAGCAGGAAAGCAAUGGGAAAGACUCUGAUUUGGAUCUCCAGCAGGCCCUCCACCAGUCCAUCUUCAUGCCUUCCCUGGCCUCCAACCCGACCCACCGCCUCCAUCUCUGCUGGGAGCAGCACUGCAGGCUCCUGCCGGAGGUCUCGGGCCUGACGGCCAAACACGUGGCCAAAUGGACUGUGGAAGAGGUGGUGAGCUUCAUCCAGCGUUUACCCGGUUGCAAAGAACAAGCCUCCGUGUUCAGGGAAGAGCAGAUAGAUGGUGAGGCUUUCCUGCUCCUGAACCAGAGCGACAUCGUUAAAAUACUCAGUAUCAAGCUGGGGCCUGCCCUGAAGAUCUACAACGCCAUUCUCAUGUUCAAGUCAGCAGAAGACAACUGAGAAGAGCCCUUUGGCAGAGCCCACGAGGAGAUCUUCAGCUGAGAGAGAGUUACAACCCGUCCGACAGGCAGAUUAGGACUCAGGUGGAUUUUAAGUAGAAUUCUUAAAAAUAUUUUGAGGACAGAAAAAAAAAAUCCUGCCGCAGUCUGAGAUACGGGGCAGCUUCACUUCCAAGAAGAGGAUAUUAUUCUAUUUUGUUAUUGAAUUUGGUUUUGCUAAUAUCAAUCUCGUUUUGAGAUCUAGAAGAAACCUCCGGUUCUAAGGGGAAUCCAGGGUCACGUUGGUGGAGCUGCAAUGGUAAGAGGAAAGCUCAGACUGAAAUGACUGCUGUGUCCAGUGACAGUGCCUGAAAGAGAGACUGAGUUAUCACCAGCGUGUUUAAUAUAUUCUAUAUCUAUUAAAACUGAGAAAAAAGA